AUGAGGUAUGGGCAGGUGACGUUAAGAAAUUCUUUCUUUCUUUCUUUCUUUCUUUCUUUCUUUCUUUCUUUCUUUCUUUCUUUCUUUCUUUCUUUCUCGCUCGCCAAAUCCCCAGUCGCCGCCGACCGUACACUGUGCCCAAGAGAAGAUGAAGACGACCAUACGGCAUGUUCAAGAGUCGCCCCCGACUGUACACUGUGCCCAAGAGAAGAUGAAGACGACCAUACGCCAUGCUCAAGAGUCACCGCCGACCGUACACUGUGCCCAAGAGAAGAUGAAGACGACCAUACGCCAUGUUCAAGAGUGGCCCCCGACUGUACAUUGCACCCAAGAGUCACUGACGACGGCCAUACGCCAUGCUCAAGAGUCGCCGCCGACUUUGCUCUGUGCCCAAGGGACGCUGACGACGACCAUACGGCAUGCUCAAGAGUCGCCGCCGACAGUGUACCGUGGCCAAGCGUCACCGACGACUGUGCGCUGUGUCCAAGGAUCGUUGAUGACCAAGCGCCGUGCCUCUUGACAUACCAACAAAGCCAUUGCGAUAAUGGACAGUCAACUGCAGACAGACACAUCUCUAUCGGACUGGCCACCGACUAUCAUUUAAAAUUGAUUACGGAUGUUCUGCCCAUUAUCAAAUUGCCUCCUCGAUCAAAUCUUGAUGAGCUGAUCAAUUGGGGAUCAAUACUUCAAAGAAAACAACUGUUUGCAGUCACGCCUGAGAUGGAGCCUGUUCAUCCUUUCCGCCUCACCCCCCCCGCCAGUGGGGAAGACUAA